AUUUCUGGACUUUCUUCUUAGCAGUACCUUGAUUUGAGUGGUGUGCAUCUUCGUAAAGCAACUGAUUGGCUACAGUAAAAAUCAUUUCAGUGGAAGAAUACCAGCAUGGAUUGGUGACAAGCUCUCUAAGCUUGUGGUACUAAGCCUCCGGUCAAAUAACUUUGAUGGUCAUAUUCCUCAUACAAUUUGCACUCUUCAAUCUCUUCAGAACUUGGACCUUGGACACAACAAUAUUUCAGGAGCUAUUCCAAAAUGUUUUAGACAUUUAAGUGCAAUGGCCAUCGAAGAAAAACAACAUAUCUACUAUUCUGAGUGGUUGUACAAUGAUGCUAAUGUAGAAACGAGCAUUUCUUUAAUAGGUGCGUCAUUGGUGCUGAAAGGACGAGAGGACUUGUAUAGUACCACACUGGGACUUGUUACCAGCAUAGACCUUUCGGCUAAUAGUUUUACAGGAGAGAUCCCAAAAGAAUUUGGAACUCUCAUUGGGCUAUUGUCAUUAAAUCUUUCAAGGAAUCUCUUAACAGGAAAUAUACCAGACAACAUUGGCAACUUGAAGUUGAUGGAAUCUCUUGAUUUGUCAAUGAAUCAGUUGCAUGGUGAAAUCCCUUCAAGUUUGUCCAAUUUGAACUUCUUGAAUCACUUCAACGUAUCCUACAACAACUUGACAGGACAAAUCCCAACAGGCACUCAACUUCAAAGGUUUGAUAACUCUUCUUACAUGGCCAAUUAUCUAUGCGGGCCUCCUCUCAGUAAAAGUUGCAGUGCUAAAGGUGUUCCGACUGAUGUUACGAAGAAUGGAAGUAGCAGUGGAAGAAGUAAAGUGAAUGGAUAUUAUUGUUGA